GACGGACGUUACUUUACGAGCUCCGCUAAUCUUAAUCAAGUUUGGAUAAUUUUUCGUUUCGUUUUGGAUAAUUUUUCGUUUCUUUUUUCACGAUCGUUUUUCUUUUUUUGCUUUCUGAGAGAUUCAAGAAUGCCCGAGUCUGUUGCUAGCCUUAAGAGAGAGAACAGUAAGCUUAAAGAUCAACUGUCUGUCAUGGCGGAUGAGAUUGCUAAGAUGAAGGUGAUGCUGCUGGAGCAGUCAAAAAAACCUGCAGCGACUAAUGACGAAGUAGAGCAAAGCUUAGAAUUCAUGAGUAAAGAAUAUGAUGACUUUGAGCGAUUCAGGGUCUCUGCUGGUAAAGAACUUGAUCGCUUAGGUGCCAUGCUUGAUGAGAUUGCUGUUGAAGUUAACAGAGUUUCCAGGAGCAUCGAUGAAUUUCAAGAGUACAGUUAUCAAUAUAAUGUUAAGAUUGUUGGUGUCCCUCAAUUGAGUCAAGAUGAAUCCUCGGCUUCUACGAGUGCGCUAUGUGAAUGUUUAUUUAAGGCAAUUGGAUCCGCUGUAUCAAUUCAUGACAUUGACACAGCCCAUCGAGUCCCAACGAGAAGCAAUGACAAUGGCGGCCCGCGGCCAAUCAUUUGCCGAUUUAUUAGACGAUUGUCAAAAGAUGAUGUCAUGAAUCAUAAAAGAAAUGCAAGUAAAGUUGCCCCAUCUGCUGUUGGUUUACCUGACGAUGCCUCCCUUUCCGCUGUUAGAAUUUUUGACCAUUUAACGCCAAGGAUGCAAAAGGUUUUAUUUGAAGCUAAGAGGUUCAAGGAGCAGUUUCACUAUCAGUAUUGCUGGUCGAAGGGAUCGCUUGUUUAUCUUCGUAAAGAUACCACGUCUCGAGCCAUCAAGAUUAAGGAUAUCACGGACCUGCACCGAUUAACGAAUGGACGUGAAGGCUAAGUAUUCAUGUUGAUGUAGAGUUGUUUGUCUGUUUUUAGAUAAUAAGUAUGAGUGUUAGCAAGAAACGUGUUCGUUGUACAAUUAAAUCUACCCUAAGCGAACUUCCAUACGCGAAUGUUGAAAUUAUUAGAGCUCAUGGACAGUUUAAUAACAUUCUCAACAGUGACUUACCGACCAAGAAGUACUUAGACAAACUUCAUAGUAUUUAUGAUUUAGAUUUGUUUCGCUUAAAUACCGAAUCAACAUUAAAUCCCGACAGAAACUUAAGCAUGCAACAAAUUAGAUGUAAAUAUUUCUCACCCUAUAGUUUUUCUAUGUUUAAAGAGUCUUUGUUGGA